UACCAGCCUCUUCCUUUCUUCUUGCUGGCUAGGUUUUUAAGUUAAAAAGAACUUUUUUUAAAUUGCUUUUGUCGUGGCAGCACAGGGCUCUCUGCCCCCGGCUGAGAGGGGCCAGUAUUCCUGUCACUGGGCUCUGCCAGCUGAGACCGUGUCCCUAAGAGUGCCUUGGACUUCACACGAUUGAGAACAUGGCUUUUGAACGUGCACACACAACUUCUCAAUUUUUAUCUCUAGAAGCCAGACACUCAUUUCAGAGACCGCAACUGCACUUCUUCAGAUCUCUGCAUUCAAAUCAGCUUCUAAUUGGGGCCUGUGUGUCUUCCAUACUAAUUUUGGAGACAGACUGAUGACACACGGUAGCAAAUAAUGCAAAGUGGCCUCUUCUCAGUAAGCCCUGGCCCAAAGGGGGGAUUUCCUGAGGAUGCAGAACACAAUAGCAUAACUAAACUGGAAAUAAAACACUCCUUUUCUGUUGCAUGGAGGCUAUUUGUUCUUCCAGCUCUUGUGUCAGCCAGCUAGGAUGAGGUGUCUGCCUUCUAAUUCCAUAGUGUUGCUUCCAAACUCGAUGGUUCUCCUGGUCCUGUAAGAUCCCUGCAUCUGGCAGUCUCAACCCAGUCCUCCUUUUCAUCCAAGGCUAUAGAUUGACCUUGUGUUCUCUAAGUCCUGCUUUCGCCUUGGCUCACUUCACGGUCUCCUGUUUUCUUAACCCUCCCCACCCCCCCGCCCCCUUCAAGUUGUCGGGACCUUCCUCUCCAUUAUCUCAGGUCGUCCCAUGACCAUCUAAGACCUGGUUAACAUGGCAAACUGUUCCAGUGCGGAGUCCUUAAAUUCUGUGACAGUGAACUCCUUUCUGCACCUGUUCUUGUACCCGCCCAAUACCCUUGACACAUCUCUCUUUGAUCAGUGUUAGUGACAUCAGAAUCCCUGGGGCGCUUGGCUACAAAUAGUUCUUGCUAAGUGUGGUCUACCCCAUGCACCCAGGGCAGCUCUCCAGCCUUCUGAUGCCUUAAUUUUGGGGAAGAUAAAGAAUGUUGACUGCGUCCUUCUCGCAAGGCAUGGGAGACAGCACAGCAUCAUGCCUUCCAAAGUCAACUACCAGGCGAACAUCUGGGCUCUGAAGGAGGAGGGCUGUACACAUGUCAUAGUGACCACAGCUUGCGGUUCUUUGAGGGAAGAGAUUCAACCUGGUGAUAUCGUCAUUAUCGAUCAGUUCAUCGACAGGUUUCUUCACUCUUCCCUUGCCCUGGGUCCUGGGCUUCAGGCACAACGCUCUUCACAAACCAGUUACAAAUGGCGUUCUACAAGUACUGAGAACUUGUGGGAGGUUCGUCCACAGACCACCAUAAGGCCUCAGACCUUCUAUGAUGGAAGUCACUCCUGUGCCAGAGGAGUAUGCCAUAUUCCCAUGGCUGAGCCGUUCUGCCCCAAAACGAGAGAGGUCCUCAUAGAGACUGCUAAAAAGUUAGGGCUCCGGUGCCACUCAAAAGGGACAAUGGUCACAAUUGAGGGACCUCGCUUUAGCUCCCGGGCAGAAAGCUUCAUGUUCCGUACCUGGGGGGCGGAUGUUAUCAACAUGACCACGGUUCCCGAGGUGGUUCUUGCUAAGGAGGCUGGAAUUUGCUAUGCAAGUAUCGCCAUGGCGACAGAUUAUGAUUGCUGGAAGGAGCAUGAGGAAGCGGUUUCAGUGGACCGGGUCUUAAAGACCCUGAAAGAAAAUGCCAAUAAAGCCAAAAGUUUACUCCUCACUACCAUACCUCAGAUAGGGUCCAUGGAAUGGUCAGAAACCCUCCAGAACCUGAAGAAUACAGCCCAGUUUUCUGUUUUAUUACCAAGACAUUAAAAGAGCGUGGCUGCCUAGAAGACCAGAAGACUUUCUAAUUCCAGUCAUUUGGGAAAUUUCUGCCUAGUUAAUGGAAAAAACAUGGAAAGACAUGCAGCUCUCGUGCCCCUGCCUGCUAAGGAAGAACAUGACAAGACAUGCACAUAUCAGAAAUGCCUUCUAGAAGGCUUGGACUGCUUCAGAAAACAGAAGGAAAGCAAAUCACCAGUUAAACACGUGGAAAAAUUCUUAAAAAGACAAGACCCCAUUUGCCCUUCCCCCAGUAGGUUUGUAAUAAUACAGGGUAGGAGAUAACAUCCAGCUUCCUAUGUUACCAAGGAAAUAUGAAGAAGAACUGGAAUUCUUAGACUAUUUAUUGGUGUAACUGUAAAUUCAUACAGUCUUUCUGGAGGGCAGUUUGGUAAAAUUCCUACAGUUUUAAAAAGUUUUAAAAAUACUUACACCCUAUGUGCUGGCUACUCUAGUCCUAGGACUUUAUCUUUAUAAAAUUAUCAGAGAUACAAAGAAUUAUGUAUAAAGAAGGAUGUCUAAUAUAGUUUUAGUUAUAAUAACAAAUAUACAAAACAAUCUGAAUAUCCAACAGUUGGAGGUAAAUUAUGACCUAGCUCUAAUUAGAUUGUGAAGCAGCCAAGUAAAGAUCAUGUUUUCACAUAUUUAAUGUCCUAAAGAAAUGACUGCUCUGUAAUAUGAAAUGACAAAAGGAUAUGCGUAAGCAUUUUACAUUGCUAAUUUUGUCUUUAAAUUCUGCAUUGAUGUAUAAAAAGACUAGAAAUGAAUAUAUUAUAAUCUUUUGUUACCAUAUUUGGGGGAGGGAAACAAUUUAAUUUUCUUUAUAUUUUUCUGUGUCUUCACAUUUUUCUACAGUGAAUAUACUCAAAUGGUAAAGCUGUCUUAAAAAUAAAAAAGACCCAGUUCUUGAAAAAAUACAGGUGUAAUGAUACAAAAUUUAAGAUGGUAAUUCUAAGAAGAGUUCUGUUUGAGUUCGAUCUUCAUGAGUGACUGUACAGUCAGAACGAUAUUUGGGCCUGCCACAACUUGAGAAAAACUGGGUGUUUAAUACUCAGAUAGUCUUAAACCAUGUAAGAGACUAUAUACACACAUUAUAGUGUGUCAGGUAUUUUUAAAAUUAAUAUUUGAUCUUUGUUUCUACUUUUUGAGUUGAUGAAUUAUUUUACAUGAGUUAGUGGUUUAGAUUUUUUCAUAAAAUAGAAGCUUGCUUCUUACACUGCUUUUUGUUAAUUUUAUAGGAAUGUGUUUUGUUCUGUCACAGGGAGAUCUUUUUUUUUUUCCUCAGAAUUAUUACUUUUCACUGUGGGCUGUUACUGGAUCCUUUAGUGAUAUAUCCUGUUUAAAGAGUCUGUAAAGUCCAUGUGUUUGUGUCUAGGAGAUUGGCUUCAAGAUAAUCUGCUAAUUAUAAACAAUAAAAUAAACCAGUUACCCCCAGCAUUAAAACAUG